CUGCAAAUGACUUGAUAACAGAGCGAUGAAUCUGGGCCUCAAUACCUAUCCUCCUUCCUCCGGAAUGGCUGCGGAUAGUUUGACCUUUGUCCGUUUUCUCCUCCAUGCUCUGCUUCUCGUCGUUCUCCUCCUUCUCACUCUCCUCUUCCUCCGCCGUCAGCGACAAAACCACCGUCUACCGCCCAGUCCCCCUUCCUUUCCCUUGUUAGGUCACCUCCACCUCCUCAAACCGCCGAUCCACCGCUCCCUCGCCGCCAUUUCUUCCGCUCAAGGUCCCGUCGUCCUCCUCCGCUUCGGCUACCGCUCCGUACUCCUCGUCUCCUCUCCGACCGCCGCCGAAGAGUGCUUCACCGUCCACGACGUCGCCUUCGCCAACCGCCCCCGCAUCCUCGCCGGCAAGAUCCUCGGCUAUGACUUCACUUCCGUCGCCUGGGCCCCCUACGGCCCCCUCUGGCGCGACCUUCGUCGCAUCAUGUCCGUUCACUUGCUCUCUUCCGGCCGCCUCCGCGCCUCCUCCGACGCCCGCGCCGCUGAGAUCCGCACCCUCGCGCGGACCCUCUUUCUCCAGCACGGCGGCGGCGCGCCGCGGAGGCUGGACAUGAAAUCGACUUUGUUCGACCUCGCGGUCGGCAUCAUCGAGCGGCUGGUGGCUCCGCUGGCCGGGGACGCGCCCAACCAGAGGCGGAUAGUGAGGGAGAUAGUGACCGAGGGAUUUCGGGAGAGCGCUGCGACGGCGAACGCAGGGGACUACAUGCCGGCGUUUAUGAGAGCUUUAGCGUGGCGGAGAUCGGAGAAGAGGCUGAUGAGACUUCACAAAAAGAGGGAUGGGUUUUGGGGUUCUCUCAUAGAACAGCACCGGGAGAGACAGCGGACCCAGGAGGAGGAUGGCGGCGGCGAAGGAAGCAAGACGGUGGUGAACAUCAUGCUGUCGCUGCAGAACAGCGAUCCAGAACACUACACGGACGAUCUCAUCAAAGGCCUAAUCAUGGCAAUGUUUUCAGCGGGAACAGAUACCUCCUCCGUCACGAUGGAAUGGGCGAUGAGCCUGCUGCUAAGCUAUCCUCGCGUCCUGGAGAAGGCCGCCACAGAGCUCGACGUCAAGGUCGGUCAUUCGCGUCUGGUCUCUGAAGACGACCUCCCCAACCUCCCCUACUUGAUCUGCAUCAUCAACGAAACCCAGCGCCUGUACCCCGCCGCCCCCCUCCUCGUGCCCCACGAAUCCUCCCAAGACUGCACCGUUGCUGGCUUCGACGUCCCGGCCGGCACCAUGCUGCUCGUCAACGCGUGGGCCAUCCACAGGGACGCUGCGGUCUGGGACGAGCCGGGAAAGUUCAAGCCGGAGAGAUUCAUGGAAGGCGGUGCGGCGGCGGCGGCUGAAGGAUACAAGUUCUUGCCGUUCGGGAUGGGGCGGCGGCGUUGUCCAGGCGAGGGACUGGCUAUGCGCGUGGUGGGGCUGACGCUGGCGACCUUCAUCCAGUGCUUCGAGUGGCAGAAUGUGUCGCCGGAGGAGGAGCUAGACAUGGCGGAAGGGCCGGGGCUGAUCAUGCCCAAGGCCAAGCCACUGGAGGCCAUGUACAAGCCACGCCGGAGCAUGUUGCCCCUUCUGUCGCAGUUGUAGAGGCAUCCAAAAUAUAAAGCGAGGACAACAACUUCUAUCUCAGAAUACGAAAACAAGAAAAAGGCUGGAUCAAAUAUAAAUUCUUAUCCAUCUCUUGGGUAUCUUGUUACGAGAUUUGUUAGGUUGCGCAGCUCACUUAUGCGACUGAGUCGGUUGGGCAUCCCGAAAUAACAUCCCAACUCACUUAAUCGCAUAACAUACUCAUGGAAGGAAUCCGAGCAGCAUAUUAAUAAAAUUACUUUGAUUCUGUCCCAAAGUGAAGAAGAUUGUUGACUGGAAAUGUGAUUCUGUAGUUGA